AUGCCUUCUCUUCCAAAGGAUUUCCAACUUGGUUUCGCAACGGCGUCUUACCAGAUUGAAGGUGCCGUCGCAGAAGAUGGUCGCGGACCUUCAAUCUGGGAUGUAUUCUGCCAUCUUGAACCAACACGAACAAAAGGUGCAAACGGCGAUGUUGCGUGCGAUCAUUAUCACCGCCUCGAAGAAGAUCUUGAUCUUUUGAAGCGAUAUGGAUCUGAUAUGUAUCGCUUCUCAAUUUCAUGGUCCCGUGUUAUUCCUCUUGGCGGGCGGGAUGAUCCUGUUAAUGAAGCCGGUAUUGCUUUUUAUGAUAGGGUUAUUGGUGGGUGUUUGAAGAGAGGUAUUACGCCGUGGGUUACACUGUAUCAUUGGGACUUGCCGCAGGCGUUGCAUGAGAGGUAUGGUGGAUGGUUGGAUGUUGAGGAGUCGCAGAAGGAUUUUGAGAGAUAUGCGAGGCUUUGUUAUGAGAGAUUUGGGGAUCGAGUGAAGCAUUGGAUUACACUCAAUGAACCCUGGAUUGUUUCCAUAUUUGGAUACGCAACGGGAGGCAAUGCCCCAGGACGAAGCAGCAUCAAUCCCCAGUCAACAGAAGGCGAUACCUCAACAGAACCAUGGAUCGUCGGCAAGGCUCUCAUCAUGAGCCACGCCCGGGCUGUCUCAGCCUACAACCAAGACUUCCGUGCAUCACAGAAAGGUCAAAUAGGAAUAUCGCUGAACGGGGAUUACUACGAACCAUGGGAUAUCAACGACCAGCGAGAUAGUGAAGCUGCUGAGCGACGCAUGCAGUUCCAUAUCGGAUGGUUUGCCGACCCCAUUUUCUUAGGACAAGACUACCCCAAGUGCAUGCGCGAUCAACUCAAAGAUCGCUUACCACAGUUCACAUCCGACGAGCUCAAACUUCUUCGCUCAGCAGAAAGUGACUUCUACGGCAUGAACUACUACACCUCUCAAUUCGCCCGCAACAAAACCUCCCCGGCGCCAGACACAGAUUACAUUGGCAACCUCGACGAGCUCCAGACCAACAAAGCCAGUGACCCCGUCGGUUCAGAAAGUGGUUUGCACUGGCUCCGAUCCUGCCCAGAUCUCUUUCGCAAACAUCUCACACGUGUACAUCGUCUUUACGGCAAACCUAUCAUCAUCACAGAGAACGGCUGUCCUUGUCCAGGGGAGGAUAAAAUGACGCGUGAGGAAUCUGUUCAGGAUGAGUAUAGGAUCAAGUAUUUUGAAGAUCACCUUGAUGCUAUUGGGAGGUCGGUCGGUGAAGAUGGAUCUGUUGUUGAGGGGUAUUUUGCUUGGUCGUUGAUGGAUAAUCUGGAGUGGUCUGAUGGGUAUGGACCGAGGUUUGGAGUAACGUUUACGGACUAUGAGACGUUGGAGAGGACGCCGAAGAAAUCGGCCUUGGUGUUGAGACAGCUUAUAGAGCUCACGUGGUGCGUCAUGGUAGUGGGAUUACCACUAAUGCAUUACAGUAUCAACAAUCAAGAUAUUUUUCCUUAUCUGUAUAUAUCUCGUUCACUUUCAAUCCACUCCGUUAAUAUGGCUCGCAUUCUUAUUACCGGUUCCGCCGACGGUUUAGGCCUCGAAGCUGCGCGUCAACUCGUCAAGCGCAAUCACACCGUCUAUCUCCACGCGCGCAACGCUCAACGCGCAGCGGAAGCCAAAGAAAAAUGCCCUGGUGCAGCCGGUGCUUUUGCAGCGGAUUUGACUCUCGUUUCCGAGACGAAAAGGCUUGCCGAGGAAGUCAACGCAGUCGGAACCUUCGAUGCCAUUAUUCAUAAUGCUGGCAUGCUGGCUGGACCGUUCCGCAAGACUCCCGAUACGGGAAUUCCAGCUCAAACUGCCGUCAAUGUGCUUGCACCUUAUAUUCUCACUUGUCUCCUAACGCCUCCCAAGAGACUCAUUUAUAUCGCGUCUCAGCUCCAUGCCCAGGCUGAAGCAAGCGUCAAGGAUAUAUUCUGGCUUGAACGAGGCGAAUCUCAAUUUCACGACUUCCCGGCCUACUGUGACUCAAAGUUGCACGUCAUCUUGCUCGCAAACGCAGUCGCCCGGCGCUUCAAGGGCACGUCAGUCAUUUCUGUUCAUCCCGGCUGGAUUGCGACGAAACUUGGUGGUGAGGAUGGUCCUGAUAAGCUCGAGGAUGGAGUUGAUACAUAUGUUAUGUUGGCUGAAGGUGAUUAUGAUCAAAAGUUGACUGGAAAAUACUUUGAGCCUAAGAGGAAACUGGCAGAGCCAACCCCUCAGUGUAAUGAGGUUGAGUUGCAGGAACGGGUUGUUGAUGCUUGCGAGAGCUUAGUGGGAUUGAAGCUUCCCGAGUUUUGA